AUGAAGCGGCCACUGAGCCCAACCCCCUCAGGUGAGAAGGAGCCCCCCACGACUGCAACAUCUGAGUGCCCCCCUCACUCUCCAGAAUCAUCAAAGCCUAAGCGGGAAAGAAACCGAUCCUCCUACACGCUGCUCUGCGAUGUCUGCAACGUCCAGCUGAACUCUGCUGCCCAGGCCCAGGUGCAUUGUGCGGGACAUGCCCACCAGCGAAGGCUUCGGCAGCUCAGCCUGGGCAAGACCUCCAAGGAGCCAGCAGGCCGGGCCUCCAGAGCCCCCAGCCCCUUGCUGGACUCCCUGACCCUGCCCACCCGGUCUCUGCAACCCCCGCUGGACUUGAAGCUUCUGGCAUUCCACCCCAAUGGCGCCGUCCCGCUCAGUCUCUUCGCCAACUUCAGCAAGAUGGACCCAGUCCAGAAAGCUGUCAUUAGCCACAUGUUUGGAGUCCCCUCCCCUCUGAAGAAGAAGCUGACCAUCUCCUGUAACAUCUGUCAUCUGCGGUUCAACUCAGCGAACCAGGCUGAAGCUCAUUACAAGGGCCGUAGACACGCCAGAAAACUCAGGGCUGUGGAAGCUGCCAAGAGCAAGCAGAGGCCUAAAAACCUGACCCCAAGUGUGACAGCGGUGUCUUCAGCCUCACCUCCAGCCAGUGGAAGCCCUGGAACCCCUCAAAGCAAAGAUCCUGCAUCCCCUCCUCUCGGCCCUUCACUUCAACUACUACCGACCCCGGACCCGUCAGUCGGAGACCCCGCCCACUCAGAACUUUCCGAAGUUGCUGCUUCCUCUUCCUCCUCUUCUUGCCCACCCUGCUCCCCUGAUCCUAGCAGGGAACCCCCGGAGCCUGAGCCAGCAGAAGGGGCCAUGGGAAGCAGAGUGAAUGGGGAAGGCAGGGGCGAGAAAGGACGCUUCUACUGCCCUACCUGUAAAGUGACAGUGAACUCGGCCUCUCAGCUUCAGACUCACAACACAGGAGCUAAGCACAGACGGAUGGUGGAGGGUCAUCAAGGGGCUCCCCGAAGGGGCAGGGGCCGUCCUGUGUCGGGAGGAGGGACUGGACACAAGACAAAGAGAGUGAUAGGAAAUCCUGGAGGCCCGCAGGGACCCAGCCCUCCUUUCCACUGUGCCCUCUGUCAGCUCCACGUCAACUCAGAGACCCAGCUCAAGCAGCACAUGAGCAGCCGGAGGCACAAAGACCGGCUGGCUGGGAAGCCUCCCAAGUCCUCUAGCCAGCACAGCAAGCUGCAGAAGCACACAGCACUUCUCCAGAAGCAACUCACGAAGACGCUGGCAGCCCGCUUCCUGCCCGGUCUGCUGCCCACCACAACUGCGGCCAUCUGUUCCCUGCCAGGGCCCCUGACCCUCCAGCCUGCAGCGACAGCAGCUGCUACCCUCUUCCCAGCUCCUGUCCUGGGCCCAGCUCUGUUUCGUUCUCCAGCAGAAGCUGUCCGCCCUGCUGCAGGACCCAUCCUUUUUGCUCCCUAUUAGCGGACUCAGAAUGGCCACAUCCUAUCUCUUCCAGCCAGACACUUGUCUCCACAUCCCACAGAGACUGCCUUUUGCAGUUUCUGGGUUCCCACCCAACCUGGGCAGCUGCUCUUCACUCAGACUGGGGUAUUCCAAUCCCCUGGCUCUGAGGGCCACCACUACCCUUUCCUGGGCCAGCCCUAGGCUGCCCUGUAUCUAUGGUUUAACAAAUCCCAAAGAUCUACGCAAAAAUCUCA